AUGACGAGUCGUCAACUCUUAUUUACGCUCCUCGGGAUUUUCGCCAUUGUACAAGUUGUAUUUUCUCAGGAUCAAGAAGGAUUUAUCAGCUUGGAUUGUGGUCUACUCGCUGAUGAACCUCCUUAUACCGAUGCAUCUACUAAAUUAAGUUUCUCGUCGGACGCCAAAUUUGUUGAUGGUGGUAAAAGUGGUAGACUCCCGAAAGCUUUGGGGGCAGGCUAUAUGAGGGCGUAUACAACUCUAAGAUACUUUCCCGAUGGGACAAGAAACUGCUAUAACCUAAAUGUCACGCAAGGCACUCGCUAUUUGGUCAGAGCUGUGUUCUUGUAUGGAAACUACGAUGGUCUGAACAUUUACCCGACGUUCGAUCUGCAUAUAGGUAGAAAUUGGUGGGCAACAGUAUCUGAUAACAUGGAAGACGAUAGUACGUUUGAAGAAAUCAUUCACAUCGCAACAUUCAACACUUUGCAUGUUUGUCUUGUUAAGACACACGACGCAUCGGUGCCAUUCAUUUCAGCCUUGGAACUUCGGCCAUUGAGUAAUAAUUUUUAUGUUACUCAAAAUAGGCACGUGCUAAUAAGAGUUCUUGUCAGGUAUCCCGACGAUGUCCAUGAUCGUAUGUGGAUUUCUUACGACGGUGAUGAUGAGUUGCCGACGAUUAAAAACGGCACUGCAGCCAUCAAUGUAGAAAACUAUAAUCCUUACGACCUGCCUCAAGCUGCAAUUAUGUCGGCUGCCAUACCUGCGAAUGUCAGUUCAACUCUUGUCUUUUCUUGGGGUACUUCAAGUUCAACAGACCAGAUCUUCAUCUACAUUCACUUUGUUGAACUACAAGUGUUACGAGGCAAUGAAACUAGAACAUUUGACAUUGUGGUCAAUGGAAACAAUAUUUCUCAAUAUUAUAGUCCUAAGAAGUCAAUGGUAGACACAGUAUACAACAAAGUACCUUUUAGCUGCGAUAGUGUUACAAAUUGCAGCUUGGAACUAAGAAAAACUCCCAGUUCAACUCUUCCCCCUCUAGUUAACGCCAUUGAGUUUUUCACUGUUGUUGAGAUUCCAGAAUCAGCAACAAAUGAAAAUGAUGUCAUUGCGAUUGAUACCAUCCGAGCAGCAUAUGCGUUAAGCAACCAGAGUGGAGAUCCAUGCGUCCCUAAACCAUCCAUUUAUCUCCAAUGCAGCAACUACACGGAUCCAUCCAAACUAUUGAGAAUCAUUUCCUUAAAUUUAUCUUCCACUGGACUGUCCGGUAUCAUAUCACCUGCCAUUGUAAAUCUGACCAAGCUUCAAGUGUUGGACUUGUCACGUAACAAGUUGGCCAGAGAAGUGCCCGAAUUUCUAGCCUACAUGGAUUCCUUGUUGUUCUUGCUUCAUCCAAUGUUUUCUGCGAACACUUCAUCCAAAAAGAAAUUCCUAGUAGCAGGUGUUGCCUCAGCUGUUUCCAUCGCCAUUGUCCUGGUUGUGCUUCUUGUCCUUUACAUUCCUGUACGAAGAAAACAGUCAAGUAAAGAGGUUCAACGUCCAUCAAUUGAAACAGCAAAGAGAAGGUUCACUUAUUCAGAGAUUAAGGCAAUGACAAAUAAAUUCCAGAGGAUUCUUGGUGAGGGAGGGUUCGGGAUCAUCUAUCACGGCCAUCUGAAUGAUAACCAGGAGGUGGCUGUUAAAGUACUAUCUCAGUCAUCAUCUCAAGGAUACAAGCAGUUCAAGGCUGAGGUUGAACUUUUAAUGAGAGUUCACCAUAUAAACUUGGUAAGCCUUGCUGGAUAUUGUGAAGAAAAAGAUCACUUGGCACUGGUCUACGAGUACAUGGCAAAUAGAGACCUAAAGGAGCAUCUCUCAGGAAAAGAAGGCACAUCAUUCUUGGACUGGCCAUGUAGACUAAGAAUAGCUGCAGAAGCUGCACUUGGAUUGGAAUACUUGCAUACUGGAUGCAAACCUCCUAUGAUUCAUAGAGAUGUCAAAAGCACAAAUAUAUUGCUAAAUGAAGACUUUCAAGCAAAAAUUGGUGAUUUUGGACUUUCAAGAUCUUUCCCUGUCGGGAGUCAAACUCAUGUGUCAACAGUUGUUGUCGGAACUCCAGGAUUCCUCGAUCCUGAAUAUUUUCAAACACAACGGUUGUCCGAGAAGAGUGAUGUCUACAGUUUCGGUAUUGUAUUACUAGAGAUCAUCACGAACCAACUAGUGAUUGAUCAAACUCGUGAAAGGCCUCAUAUAGCAGAAUGGGUGAGGUUUGUGCUCUCGACAGGAGAUAUCGAAAGCAUAUUGGACCCAAACCUCAAAGGAAACUAUGAGUCUAGCACUGCCUGGAAAGUUCUUGAACUAGCAAUGUCGUGCUCAAGACCUUAUUCAGCAGAAAGACCAAACAUGGCUCAAAUUGUUCAUGAACUAAACGAGUGUCUAAUGUACGAGAACUCAAGAAGAGGAAAGAGUCAAGAUGUGAGCUCAAAGAGUUCUAAUGAAGUUAACACAAGCACUGAAAUGGCUCCUAUGCCACGUUAG